AUGGCCAGGCUGUUACACAACUUGGUAAAGAAGGACACACCUUGGAGAUGGGACACUAGGGAACAAGAAGCCUUCAAAGGCCUGAAGGAAGCUAUCACCAAUGCCCCAGUACUCUGCCAUGCUGACCCAACCAAACCCUAUUUCCUAGAGAUGGACACCUCUGGCACGGCCCUGGGUUCCAUACUUAGCCAACAACAGGAAGACAGUUGCUUACAUCCUCUGGGAUUCUUGUUGGAAUCCUUCAAAGGUGCCAAACAGAAUUACAACACCCACAACAAGGAACUCCUGGCAAUCAUCCGUUCAUUUGAAUACUGGCAAAUCUUCCUGGAAGGGACCCUGCACCCCAUCACCGUGUUCACCAAUCACAGGAACCUAGAGUACUGGAAGGAGUCAAGAACAUUCAACUGUUACCAUGCACAAUGGCACCUCCUACUAGCUGGGUACAACUUCCAAAUUGUAUACUGCCCUGGUAAACAGUCUGGAAAACCAGAUGCCUUAUCCUGCCAAUCCAAUCAUGCCAACAUUCCCCCUGACAACCAGACCAUGUUACCCAACCCUAUAUUUGUCAACAUAGCCAUAGUCACACCCAAAAAAGAGCUCCAGUGCCAAAUUGAGGCUGCCCUAGACCAAGACAAAUCCCUAGAGGAAAUCUUACAAUUCCUCCAAAACAAGUCAAAGGCACCCCCAUCCAUCAAACAAGCGUUUAGGAAUUACAAAAUGGAGGCAGGUCUAAUAUUCUAUCAAGGGAGAAUUGUGGUCCUGGAUGUGGGAGCCUUACAAACAGAGUUACUAAGGAUUUACCACAACAGCCCCUUGGCAGGACACCCUGGGAGACAACAAACCCUGGAACUGUUAUCAUGCACCUACUACUGGCCAGGCAUCUGCGCCAACACAUAUUGGCAUCCAAAGUACUCUCCCAUACUGCCUCAGCCCCUUGAGCUCCCUACCAGACCAUGGCAACAUAUAUCUUACAAUAUGAUAGUAGACUUGCCCAAAGACAGUAACAACAACUCUAUCCUAGUCAUUGUGGAUAGUUUUACCAAAUAUGUCAUCCUGGUGGAAUGCUUGAAAAAGCUCAAAGCUCCAGCACUGGCAGACCUAUUCCUACAGCAUGUGUGGAAACGCUAUGGCAUGCCCAAAAAAACAGUCUUGGAUUGUGGAAGGGUCUUCAACAACAAAUUCCUCAGGGCAUUGUACCAGCACCUAGGGAUAGACCCCCACUUCUCUUUGGCUUACCACCUGCAAAGCAACGGACAAACAGAACAAGUAAACCCCACAGUCAAACACUUCUUACGGGCUUACUCAGGAACUAAUCAGAAGGACUGGGUCAAAUGGUUACCUAUGGCGGAGUUUGCCUAUAACAACGCAGUACAUAGCAGCACUGGCAAAUCUCCAUUUAAGGCACUAUAUGGAUGGGAGCCCUCUCUGACCCCAAGCAAUGUUCCAACAAAUGUCCCAGAAGCAGAUGACAUGGUUGCACAAAUAGAAGCGCAAUGGCAGGAAAUCAAGGCCGCACUCCGGCAAUCCAAGACACGUAUGGUAGCCAGAGAAGCAGGAGAACCACUGGAAUUCAAAAUUGGAGAAGAGGCCUGGUUGGACGCCAGAAAUGUGAAACUGAAAACCCUGAGUCCAAAGUUAACCAAGCAACGCCUAGGUCCCUUUAAGAUAAUUGAGAAAAUCUCUGACCAAGCAUACCAUCUAGAGCUUCCGCCAACCAUGAGGAUCCACAAUGUCUUUUAUGUGGGGCUACUAUCUAAAGUCAGAAGGGACAAGAAACAUACCUUUGAAAAUUGCCCACCACCAGUCACUGUGGACAGUGAAGAGGAAUACAAGGUUGAAGGCAUAACAGACGCUGAGGAAAGAGACGGGAAAUGGUACUUCUGGGUAAAAUGGAAGGGAUAUGGGUCCAAAGAGAACACAUGGGAACCUCAAGAGAACCUAAAACACACAUGUCAUAACCCAUAUCUGGAGGGGUUAUUACCAUAUAUAUCCACUGUCAAAGAUAUAUAUAGUAUAUAUGAUGCACAGUGA